GGCAAAAGGCUCCAAGCGCCAAGGGCAGCGAGCCAGCGACUGUCCGCGCACGAGAGAGGAAGCACGACAGCACGAGCACCAGACAACAACACCCCCCGCCGCUCUCCGCCUCUCUCGCCGCUGUCCAUUUCCUACUUGAGGCGGAGCGGGCAGCCACCAAGCCCGCGCUCGCGGACGAGCCAAGCGCAAGCUCCCAAAACACAAAAGAAAAGGAAAGAAAAGAGCAUGCCGCCGCCGCUGCUCAUCCUCCUACUGUCCCCGCUGCUGCUGCUGCAUUCCCUCGCCAAUGCCGGCUCGCUGGACGCCGACGUCGCGGCGCUCACCGACUUCCGCCUCGCCGCGGGCCCGUCCGGUGCCGCGCUCGCGAGCUGGAACCUGUCCGCGAACCCGACGCCCUGCGGCGGGGCCUGGCGUGGGGUCACCUGCGCCGGCGGCCGCGUCACGCGCCUGGUUCUCGAAGGGCUCGGCCUCUCCAGCGCCGAAGCGCUCCCGGCGCUCGCGCGCCUCGACGGCCUCCGCGUGCUCAGCCUCAAGGGAAACGCCUUCUCCGGCGGGAUCCCCGACCUGUCGCCGCUCGCGGGGCUCAAGCUGCUGUUCCUCGCCCGGAACGCGCUGUCCGGCCCGAUCCCGCCGUCGCUCGGGGCGCUGUACCGGCUGUACCGCCUCGACCUAUCGUUCAACAACCUGUCCGGCGUCGUGCCGCCCGAGCUCGGCCAUCUCGACAGGCUGCUCACGCUGAGGCUGGAAUCCAACCGGCUCACCGGCGGGAUCGACGCCGUCGCGCUGCCGAGGCUGCAGGAGUUCAACGUCUCCAACAAUUUGAUGUCGGGGAGGAUUCCGUCCGCCGUAGCGGCUUUCCCGGCCGCGGCGUUCGACGGGAACGUCGGUCUGUGCGGUGCACCGCUACCGCCGUGCAAGGACGAGGCGCAGCAGCCCAAUGCAUCGGGGGCCGUGAACGCGUCCGCGGCGGGGGACUGCCCCCCGGCGGCUGCCAUGGUGGCGCCAGCGGGCGCGGAGGCGCAAGGAGGCGGCGGCAAGGGGAAGAUGAGCCGCGCCGCGGUGGUGGCAAUCGUGGUGGGGGAUUUCGCCGUGGUGGGGCUCGUGGCCGGGCUGCUCUUCUGCUACUUCUGGCCGCGCCUCUCCGGCCGGCGUAGCGGGAAGCGGCUCCAGCAGGGGGAGAAGAUAGUGUACUCCUCGAGCCCUUACGGCGCCGCCGGGGUGGUCGCGGCGGCCGGUGCCGGUGGCGCGACGUUCGAGCGUGGGAAGAUGGUGUUCCUGGAGGACCUCAGCUGCAGCAACGGCGGGACGAGGCGGUUCGAGCUCGAGGAGCUGCUGCGCGCGUCCGCGGAGAUGCUGGGUAAAGGCGGGUCCGGCACGGCGUACAAGGCCGUGCUCGACGACGGCACCGUGGUGGCCGUGAAGCGGCUGCGCGACGCCACGGCGGCGGCCGCCGCGUCCAAGAAGGACUUCGAGCACCACAUGGCGGUGCUGGGCCGGCUCCGCCACCCCAACAUCGUGCCCCUCACCGCGUACUACUACGCCCGCGACGAGAAGCUGCUGGUCUACGAGUACAUGCCCAACGGCAGCCUCUUCUCGCUGCUCCACGGUAACCGGGGCCCUGGGCGGACGCCGCUGGAGUGGGCGGCGCGCCUGCGCAUCGCGUCUGGCGCCGCUCGCGGGCUGGCGUACAUCCACCACUCCGGCCGCCGGGGCAGCGGGACGCCCAAGCUGGCGCACGGCAACAUCAAGAGCACCAACAUCCUCAUCGACAGGUUCGGCGUGGCGCGGCUGGCGGACUGCGGCCUGGCGCAGCUGGGCUCGUCCCCGGCCGCCGCCGCGGCGCGCUCCGCCGGGUACCGCGCCCCCGAGGCGCCCCCGCCGCCGCGGCCCUGGGCGUCGCACAAGGGCGACGUGUACGCGUUCGGCGUGGUCCUCCUGGAGCUCCUGACGGGGCGGUGCCCCGGGAGCGAGCUCCCCAACGGCGGCGUGGUGGUGGAGCUCCCCCGGUGGGUGCAGUCGGUGGUGCGGGAGGAGUGGACCUCGGAGGUGUUCGACCUGGAGCUGAUGAAGGACAAGGGCAUCGAGGAGGAGAUGGUGGCGAUGCUGCAGCUGGCGCUGAGCUGCGCGGUGGCGGCGCCCGAGCAGCGGCCCAAGAUCGGGUACGUGGUGAAGAUGAUCGACGAGGUCCGCGCGUGCGGGGAGGCGUCGCCGUCGCAGGACGAGUCCGUGGACGAGUCCUCGGGCGUCUCCGACUCGCCCGCCGUGUCGGAGGGCGGCGCGCUCAGCCAGUGAGCGAGGGGGCGCGCUCGGGGUGGUCCUUCGGAUUUGCCUUGUGAUGCGUGCCUUUGGUUUUACUGCCUGCAUUUGUUUUCUUCUGAUGGUUUUUGGGGGUGAGGAGGUGGAUUGGCAUGGGCCGUUGGAUCUGGUGAUGGGCUUGUAUAUGUGGCUCUGAUUCUGAUCGUUUUGCUGUUGUUUUUUUUAACUAGCAGUAGAUCCCUAGAGGAGCUGCAGCGCCGGCUUGUGUGAAAAAAAAGAGAGAGGAGGGUGUGAUUGUGUGAGUGGAUCAUGACACUGUCUUUUGGUGCAUCUUUCGCUGUGACUUUUGGCACUAGUUACCAUAUGUCCUUGAAGGAGUAGCUGCAUGCCUGCAUCAGUGCAGUGAUUCAUGGCAUUUCAGCUGCUAAUGUGUUUAGCCUUUCUGGUUUCAGACUUUCAGAUGUUCACUU